AGUGCCCACAUACCUGUCCCCAACACAGACCGAGUGCUUUAAUAUAGACUAUUAUAUACCAGAAAAUGAAGUCUCGGAUAAAUUCUCUGAACAAAGAUGGGAACGAUUGCAUAUGGCUCGAUCAGUGGUUGCCCUAUACAUAGUGGCCUUUUUCUUUUUAUUCCUCUCAUUCUUCACUGGAAUCGCUGGUUGUUGGAAGAGAUCGCACGCCAAUCUGGUCUCCACCGGAUUAUUGCAACUGUUGAGCUCGCUCAUGGAUGCGGGUGCGAUGGGUCUGUGGCACGCCGUCCAGUUCUACGAUCACCAUAAACUCAAAGACCAAUAUUCUUACGCCCAAUGGCCCGAUGUUUUGAAACAGUCGGGUGUGACUGAGUUCUACUACGGCUGGUCAUACAUCCUGGCGUGGAUAGGCAUCGGCCAGUGUCUGAUCGCAUCGAUUAUGUUCUUAUCGGCCGCUCGUUGUAUAAGAAGUGAGAAACGGAUCGAACAGACGAAGAAUAUGCAGUAUUUAAUGCCCGUCUAUCCCGACAAACGCAACCCAUACGGAGUGAACUACGCUUACGCCUAUCCCGGGCCAUACCAUUAUCACGGCUCGCAGUACGGGAUCGGACCCUAUGGUUAUUAAACAAUAAAUAACCGUUUCUUUCAGUGCCUUUACUUCAUGUAAUAAUUAGUUUAAAUCAUCCAAUUGUUAGCCAUUAUAUGCAUUAUAUACUCAAUUAAUUGUAAAGUAAGUGUUUUUUCAUCAAUCGAGUGUAUCUUAUCAUCACUUCAUAACACAUUCAUUACAUUUUUCAAUACAAACUGAAUGUCACAACAAUUUGUAAUAUUUGUCUCAACUGUUAUUUCAUAACUAUUU